GUGCAGAUGUGGGCCCUGGUCACACUGCCCUCUUGGCGUAUAUCGAUAGUCCCCGAUAGACUCGGACUAAAAACAUUUCUAGCAAUGGAGUCCAAUAUAUUUUUAAUUUUUCUAUUGACGUUUCUGCUAUACAAUAAUGCUAGAGCUGAAAUCAGCGAUCAUCUGCGGGAGGACAUUCCGGAUUUAGACAUGGAGCCCUCCUCCGCCUCGUCCGCCCAUCUCAAUGGCAAAGAGUUACCGGCCGUGCCACAGAACUCGGUGCAGACGCAUCCCAGGAGGCACAUUAAGAGUAAGCGCCGCAUGAAAAGAAGAUACAAAUGCUACUCCUGCGAACCGCCCUGUCGGGAUCCGUAUGAGUUUACCCACACCUGCCAGAAUGCGAUUCAGUGCUGGAAGUCGCGCACCCGCGAUGCCGAUGGCCAGGUGCAGGAGUCCCGCGGCUGCAGCACCUCGCCGGAUCAACUGCCCAUGAUCUGCAGCCUGAACUCUUUGAAGAUCAAUGGAUCCAGUAAACGCAAUACGGGGAAGUUCGUAAAUGUGGUAUGCUGCACCGGUGAUUACUGCAAUGAAGGAGACUUUCCAGAACUGCUGCCCUUUGACAGCAAUGAUGUGACGGUAAUAACCGCGGAUACCAGUAGUAUAAGCAAGAUGUCCGUCGCAAUUCUGGGUCCUAUUCUGGUUAUCGCUCUGCUGGGUGCCAUGACCAUCUUCUUCAUUCGGCGUAGCCAUCGCAAGCGUCUGGCUGCCUCGCGAACUAAACACGACCCGGAAGCAUAUCUGGUCAAUGAUGAGUUGCUCCGCGCCACCAGCGCCGGCGACAGUACGCUGAGGGAGUAUCUUCAGCAUUCGGUGACCUCCGGCUCGGGCAGCGGGUUGCCGCUGCUAGUGCAGCGUACGCUAGCCAAACAGGUCACCCUGAUCGAGUGCAUAGGACGAGGCAAGUACGGCGAAGUUUGGCGCGGUCACUGGCAUGGCGAAAGCAUCGCCGUCAAAAUUUUCUUCAGUCGCGACGAGGAGUCCUGGAAGCGGGAAACAGAGAUCUACAGCACCAUAUUGCUCCGCCAUGAAAAUAUUCUCGGAUUCAUCGGCUCCGACAUGACGUCACGAAACUCGUGUACCCAACUUUGGUUGAUGACACACUACUAUCCACUUGGCUCGCUCUUUGAUCACCUAAACCGUAACGCAUUGAGCCACAACGAUAUGGUAUGGAUUUGCCUGUCCAUAGCUAAUGGGCUGGUGCACUUGCACACAGAGAUAUUCGGCAAGCAAGGAAAGCCAGCUAUGGCACAUCGCGAUUUGAAGUCAAAGAAUAUACUGGUCACCUCGAACGGCUCGUGCGUGAUAGCCGAUUUCGGACUGGCUGUUACCCAUUCGCACGUCACAGGGCAACUGGACCUGGGCAACAACCCUAAAGUGGGCACCAAGCGUUACAUGGCCCCAGAGGUUCUGGAUGAGAGUAUUGAUUUAGAAUGCUUCGAAGCACUGCGCCGCACAGAUAUUUACGCGUUUGGACUUGUCCUCUGGGAGGUUUGUCGCCGCACCAUUUCUUGCGGCAUAGCAGAGGAGUACAAGGUGCCCUUCUACGAUGUGGUGCCAAUGGAUCCCAGCUUUGAGGAUAUGCGCAAGGUGGUCUGCAUCGACAACUACAGGCCAUCCAUUCCCAACCGUUGGAGCUCGGAUUCGUUACUGGCUGGCAUGUCCAAGCUCAUGAAGGAGUGCUGGCACCAAAACCCCAACGUGCGCUUGCCAGCGCUGCGCAUAAAAAAGACUAUACAUAAGCUAGCUUCCGCUGACGAGAAGGUACGCCUGGACUUCGAUGAGGUCUGCGUUUAGUGGUUGUAGUCCAGCCUUAGCAGUAAGCGAUAAUUUAGGUGUACCACCUAGGUAGUCUAAGAUUCAUUCAUUGACAUACCCUUGCAUUUCACACUAUUAGUUCGUAGGUAUAUUAUUCAUAGCUAAGCCAAGAUCCUUCGUGUUGAAUCAACUAAUCCAAGUACAAGACCCUUGGGAGCUUAUAUAUAGAAGACUAUAACAUAUUUAAUUUAUGUUUGGAUUGACAUUAUUGUUUCCGUUCCACCGUGAGCCUAUCCUGAACAGGGUGCCUUUGAAAUUGCCUUAAGUUAAAGUUAGCAUCGACACUAAUGUAUGUUCUUGGAAUAUCAUCCUGUAAAGUUGUCAUUUCACUAUUUACCAUUAUUCAUCGUUCAUCAAGUGCCAUUUGCAAUUGAGAAUUGUAAAAGCCCUAACCUUAAGCUCACUUUUUGAACUUUACACUAAAUUCAUUACUCUAGAACUUGUCCAUGCUAUGAUAGAACCAUAAGCCACACCACCAACUGACUUGCUAUCUUAGUUAGUUAAGCCUUUAGGACUUAGUUUCCCACGCAUAGAAGCAUACACACCUACUUGUAUAUUGUACAAAUGGAAAGCUAUAUAAGUUUUGUAUAGUCUAAACGAAAUGAAAUACACGAAUAAGCAUUAAAUAAUAGGAAA